GCUUGUGGGAAAUCUCGCGAUGGAGGGCGGAGGAGGUGUACACCCAGGAACGCUUACAGAGGAAAGUCAGCCACGGCAUGUUUCACCUGCAAGUUUUGAAGGCAGCAGUUUGAAGAAAAGCAAUUGGGGGUUCUUAAUUACUGGGAUUGUGGGCGGGACUCUGGUGGCUGUGUAUGCUGUAGCCACACCGUUCAUAACACCAGCCCUCCGAAAAGUCUGUUUGCCUUUUGUUCCUGCAACUACAAAGCAGAUCGAAAAUGUUGUGAAAAUGUUGCGAUGUAGAAGAGGACCCCUGGUGGACAUUGGCAGUGGCGAUGGACGGAUUGUAAUAGCGGCUGCAAAGGAAGGAUUCACAGCUGUUGGUUAUGAAUUAAACCCAUGGCUGGUUUGGUAUUCCAGGUACCGAGCAUGGCGAGAAGGUGUGCAUGGCUCUGCCAAGUUUUAUAUUUCGGAUUUGUGGAAGGUGACUUUUUCGCAGUACUCAAACGUUGUCAUUUUUGGUGUGCCUCAGAUGAUGCAGCUGUUGGAGAAGAAACUCGAACUUGAACUUGAGGAUGAUGCGAGAGUCAUUGCUUGCCGCUUCCCUUUCCCGCACUGGACCCCAGACCACAUCAGGGGAGGGGAUAGACACUGUGUGGGCAUAUGAUGCGAGGACUUUUAGAGGAGGUGAAAAGAGGCCCUGAAGGUCAACACACUUGGAGUUGGUCAUUCAAAUGCAGCACUGGCAGCGGCCCCUGGACCUGCGGAAGCCGGCAUGCUGCAGAAAUUGGAGUUCGAGGAAGAAGACUCAGAAAGUGGUGUUUACAUGCGAUUCAUGUGGUCACACAAGUGUUACAACAUCGUUCCAACCAGUUCAAAGCUCGUUGUCUUCGAUACUACAUUACAAGUUAAAAAGGCCUUCUUUGCCUUGGUAAUGAACAGUAUCUGAGCAGCACCACUGUGGGAGAGCAAAAAACAGAGCUUUGUAGGGAUGCUAACAAUUAUAGAUUUCAUAAAUAUACUACAUAGAUACUAUAAAUCACCUAUGGUACAGAUUUAUGAAUUAGAGGAACAUAAGAUUGAAACAUGGAGGGAGCUUUAUUUACAAGAAACAUUUAAGCCUUUGGUGAAUAUAUCUCCAGAUGCAAGCCUCUUCAAUGCUGUAUACUCGUUGAUCAAAAAUAAAAUCCACAGACUACCAGUAAUUGACCCUAUCUGGGGGAAUGCACUUUAUAUACUUACCCACAAAAGAAUCCUCAAUUUCCUCCAGCUUUUUAUGUCUGACAUGUUAAAGCCUGCCUUCAUGAAGCAGAACAUGGAUGAGCUUGGGAAUGGAACAUACCACAACAUUGCCUUCAUCCACCUGGACACUCCCAUCAUCAAAGUCUUGAACAUAUUUGUGGAAAGACCAAUAUCAGCUUUGCUUGUUGUGGAUGAGUCAGGAAAAGUUGUAGAUAUUUAUUCCAAAUUUGAUGUAAUUUAUCUUGCUGCUGAGAAAACAUACAAUAACCUAGAUAUCAUGGUGACCCAGGUCCUUUAGCACUGUUCGGAGUAUUUUGAAGGUGUCGUGAAGUGCAAAAAGCUGGAGAUACUGGAGGCCAUUGUGGACAGGAUCGUCAGGGUGGAGGUCCUUUGUCUGGUGGUGGUGAACGAAGCUGACAAUAUUGUGGGCAUUAUUUCCCUGUCAGACAUCCUGUAAUCCUUGAUACUCACCCCAGCAGGUGCCAAACAAAGGGAGAUGGAAACAGAAUGACCACUGUGAAUGUAGACUCCCUCAUAAGAGAACUUGAACAAAGUUUCUGGGUCACAUUUUGCCUCAUGAACACUGGCUGCAAUAGAAGAGAGUGAAAUGGUUAAGAAUGUAUAUCAGGUUUUAAUAAUGGGUAUUUUUCCAGUGAUGUUGAACCUAAACAUAAAAUAGAAAGAUUUUUAUGUGCCUGAAGAUUCAGGCUUGCAUUAAAAGACUGUUUUCUGACCUUUGUCUGAAGGAUUUUAAAUGCUGUAUGUUAUUAAAGUGCACUGUGUCCUGAAAUUUUUAUUACUUUUCAUUUCAAAGAAUUCAUUGGUGUUGGACAGGUGAUGUGACAUAAGGUGGUUGCACGGCAUGCUCAGAUCUCAGUGCCUUAUGUCCGGACACAGCAGUACGCCAUCACCCGACCACUGCAGCUGGAGCGCACACGUGUGGAGCCACACCGACCUUGAGUGUGGAAGUCUUUGAACCUUUUACCAAAUCAGUUUGUUUUCACUGGAUUUGUCAAAAAAUUGUAAUUUGAAUAUAAGUAAUUACUUUUAAAACUUUAACAACAAUUUUAUGUUUAAGUGUUUUGUUCUAAGCUACCAUGUAAACAGGGCUGCUUUAUAACAGCUUUAUUUAUUUUUACUUUCUUCCAAUUUUUACACCACUUUCGGUGUUUAAACUUCACCAGAUCCAUUAAUAAACUCUCAGUUGUUAUUUUUAAAUGGCAGAUUGCUCACUACUUAAGUUGGGAUCUGGAAAGGAUUUGAUUUUUAAAAUAGCCACCGUUGGGUUUUAAAAGCAGAGGUUCCAAAGAGCACGUGGGGAGACAGGCUGUGGUCAGAAAGAAGCCAAGUGCCGGGAAGAUGUCUAUUUUUUUCUUGUGUAUUGAGAUAUAAAAUCAUGAUAUGUGUAUGAUUGUUGAUGCGAUUGUUUUUGUAAAUUUCAUUGUGGCAUAUACAGUAUUGUCAUAUGGUUGAAGAGAAACAAUGUUUCUUGCUGUAAGUGCUCUGAAAAUGUUGACACUAUAUAUACAUAUGAGGAUAGUUUGGUUUUUUGUUCUUUGGGUUUUUUUUCAGAUUGAGAAAUUAAAAUAAAUCCUGCUAU